GUCAGGAUCCCGAUGGUUUUGGAGCAGAAUUUCCGCUUAUUUCUAGGAGUUGAGACUGUGCUGUAUUUCUAAGUGCAGCGCGUGAAUCGAACGUUCCGCGCGGUUUGUUAUUUUGUAACAUUUUAAACUUCGCUGGAUACAUUGUUGCCGCAACGGUUGUUUUCCAGCUCAGUGUAACAAUGUAUCCGAUGGCAGCGGGGGGAUAAAAGAGGGUCGAAUGAAGAUAUUUUGCUCGUGCAUGCCUUGAAUUAGUGGUUGCGGCUCAGUCGAGUCCAUCUAACUGUAAUUUGUGCUGUUGGCCUGUUAGCUUUAGCAGAGUUAGCCGUAGCACAAUAUGAAAGCUCCUUAUAUCCAGCAGCAGGUUUGUAAAAAAGAUUCACUCCUAUUUUAAUAGUUUUCAACGCUUUUAUAUCCAGAGCUUGUAGUAGAUGAGUGCUAAAGUGAUGCUUUUUAAAGCACAGUGAUUUUGUUGUUUGUUUGGAAAGUGUUUUUUUUUUUAACGUUGCUCUCUCUCUCUCUCUUUUUUUUUUUUUUUUUUGGUCGUCGGAGGCUGAGUUAUUGGAGCUGGUGUGUUUUACAAGCAGAUUCUUUUAGAGAGUGAAAAAUCAACUCGCAACGCUUUUCCCCUCAUAUUGUAGUGGAUCAAACAUGUAUUUCCCCGUUUUGUGAAUCUUUGUGAAAGUAUGCUGUCUGGCAACACUUUGGGCAUCAUCUUCCGUGUUUCCCUCAGGUUUAUAAUAGUGGCCUAAUCAAAGUACUGCUUAACUUUUCCCUGAUCAGAUGGCCGGUUUCAUGUAUAGCUCAGUAUAAUUUGGUGUUAAACUGCAGCUUAACUGUCUCUCAGAGUGGUUUUGCACACUAUUGCAGUUUUGCAGGUGGCACAUUAAAGCAUUUGGAGUUUAUUGAAGCUAUGCUAUGUGAGAACAGUUUGUCUUUCAUAGUCUUUGUUGGAUCAGUUUUUGAAAAGUAGGUGCUUUUUCAACAGCUUUAGUAUCAAUUUAUUUUAGUUUUCAACUGAUUGUUGCUAUUUUUCCACCACUUUAGUAGUGUUUAUCCCUGUCUUUGUUAUUGUUAUUGAUUCACUCUGUAUCUACUUUGUUUUUCUGCUCAUGUUUUGCCUUCGUUAUGUUUACGUUUUGAACUCCUUGAUGAUAUUUCUCACGUUUGUGAUACUUUAAAAUGCAUUUACACCCUCAUCUGACAUGUUGAGCUCUUUCUUUAGGUGUUGUUUUCCUUAUCCAGGUAGUUUCACUUUUAAUGUUUGUACUGUGGCACUCAAAUCUUUAGGGUAUUUAUGACUCCAUGUACCAAUAUGCGUAGUAGAUAUAAUGCCUUUAUAAUACUACAGUAACCACAUUGAAAUAUCCAGAAUGUUGUUGAUGCCAUUUAUGAAUUCCAAGUAAUUAUGCAAAACAAAACUUACUGGCUUAUGUAAGCAUGACACUGGAAGUAUUUUAAUGCUAUAACUUGUGUCCCGUCAGGUGUAGCUGUGAUAUUCUGUGACCUCAUCCAGGCCUGGAUACUAUUUAGAAAGAACAAUAAUUCCCAUUUCCCUUAUUUUGUCUAUUUGUAGCUGUCUUAUAUCAGUUUGCUUAAGUAAAGUAAAGUUCCCUGCACUCUCUGAAUCUGUUAAUUAAUUUCAAUGCUUGUCUGUUGUUACAUUUAUAGGUAUUCGUUUAAUUCAAAUAUGUAAAUGGUAAAAUAAUAUGUUGUUAUAUAAUGUAUGUACCUGAUCGAUUACAGUAAUAUGUUGUUUCAAUUUAUUUUCACUUUCAUGUAAUUCAUAUCACUUUGUUUUAGCUUUUAGAAUAUGAUGUACAUUAUAUAUUCAUCAAACCACAACUAAAAGUUGAAUUGUGGAAUGCAGUUUUGAUCUGAGCUGGUUGUUUAUAAAGAAUAUUUCAACAGGUCACCGAACGCUUUACAGAGACCAGAAGGGUCCAGUGUUACUGUACUGUACAGCUUUCCGAUCGCAAAUAAGAACCUGAUUUGAAAUGUAAACUCAAAAGGAGUUGGAGAGAGCGCGUGAACACUAGUCUCAGUGCCAGCUGACAGGCUGAAAGUUUCCUGGGACUUUCUGGCGAACUGGAUCCAUGAUGGAAUUGCAAACAUUACAGGAGGCCCUGAAAGUGGAAAUACAAGUCCAUCAGAAACUUGUCGCCCAAAUGAAGCAGGAUCCACAGAACGCAGAUCUGAAGAAACAACUUCACGAGCUCCAAGCGAAAAUCACGGCUCUGAGUGAGAAACAGAAAAAAGUGGUGGAGCAGUUGAGGAAGGAGUUGCUGGUCAAACAGGAGCCCGACUUGAAGCCACAGACUCUCCCAGCGAUCGCAGACGGUAAAACCGUGCUGCUGACACCCGCCUGUCCCCCUUCACAGCCGCCCACAGGGCCUCCACACAACCAGGGGCCUCCACAGAAGACUCUCACCGUGACGCCGGUCAUAACUGCAAAGACUCUACCUCUCGUGCUGAAAGCUGCCACCUCCACCAUGCCUGCUUCCAUGGCAACACAACGCCCCACAGUCGCCAUGGUCACUGCCAUCAGCAACCCCCUGAGACCCGGCAUCAAUUCUGACUCCCAGAGCACACCAAUCAACCUUCAGGUGGCCAGCAAGCUACCCAAUCAGGACACAGAUGCCGGCACACGGAUUUUGUCCAAGAAUGUUAUCGUUGUGCAGGCCACCACCACCACCUCUGCCCAGCAUAUCAAAGUUCCCCAGUUUGUCCCUCCUCCUAGAUUGACGCCUCGACCCACCUUUCAGCCACAGGUUCGACCAAAACCCCCCAUGCCCAUCAAUGUGCCCAUCGCUCCAGCUCCUCCUCCUCCCAUGGUGGCGGCUCCUCUAAUCCAGCGGCCCCUGAUGCUCACCACCAAGCUGACAUCGUCUUUGCCUGCCUCUGCUGGGCCCAUUCACCAGGUCCACAUCGUGAACGGACAGCAGUGUGCCACGAUUGACAAGACCACGAAGGCAGUUACGAGUUGCACCACACAAGUCACAGGCAUUGUCAUCAGUCCUGCCCAGACACUUCAGAUCAGCAACCUUAACUCAGACUUGAAGACUGUGAAACCACAGGGAGGACCAGAACAGGUGCUCACAAGUACACCACCCUCAUCCUCUCCUCCUCUUCCUCCUCCUCCAGCUAAGGUCAAACGAGAGGAGAGCCCUCAGAAACUUGCCUUUAUGGUGUCUCUUGGGUUGGUCACACAUGACCAUCUUGAAGAGAUUCAGAGUAGGAGACAAGAACGUAAGAGGAGAACAACAGCCAACCCAGUGUACAGUGGAGCAGUGUUUGAACCUGAGAGGAAAAAGAGUGCUGUCACUUACUUGAACACUCCGCUGCAUCAAGGCACCAGGAAGAGAGGUCGCCCUCCCAAAUACAGCACCAACACCACCAGCAGCACAGCGGUGCCGGAGCUGGGCUGCAACCCCCUGCUCUCCCCCACCAGCAGCCUUCCCGACUCCCCAGCCCCUGACCGGCCUGAAACUGGGGGCUUUCCCCUCUCUGUCCACCCUCAUUCUGUCCCCCAGCCCAGCCCCAGCUCCGGGGAUGGAGACAUCCAUGAGGAUUUCUGCACUGUGUGCAGACGCAGUGGACAGUUGCUCAUGUGUGAUACAUGUUCGCGUGUCUACCACCUCGACUGCUUGGACCCACCCCUCAAAAACAUUCCCAAAGGCAUGUGGAUCUGUCCUAAAUGUCAAGACCAGAUUCUGAAGAAGGAAGAGGCCAUUCCAUGGCCAGGAACCCUAGCAAUUGUCCAUUCCUACAUUGCUUACAAAGAAGCAAAAGAAGAAGAGAAGCAGAAGUUAAUGAAAUGGAGUGCCGAACUAAAGCUGGAACGAGAACAACUAGAACAGAGAGUGAAACAGCUUAGCAACUCUAUAACAAAAUGUAUGGAGACCAAGAACAGCAUACUUGCCCGUCAGAAGGAGAUGCAGGCCUCUCUGGACAAGGUAAAACACUUGGUCCACCUCAUCCAGAGCUUUAACUUGACUCAGUCCAUGGAGACGGACAUCAUACAGGAUUCCAAACAGGACUGCAUAGAGUCAGGGAGCAUCAAAGACUCAAAGGAUGCUACACAAGGGUGUGUGCAGGAGAGUCCCACCGAGCCUAGCGUGCAAGUACCAGCUGCCGUAGCAGUUCCCAAAGUGAAGGCAGAGCCAGAGGUGGGCGAAAUGGCAGAGCCAGCAGCCGCAGUCACACCUGAUGCUGCAUCAGGUGAAUCGGGAGUUAGUGCCCUGGAAGUGCCCAAAACCACAAUUGGUGAGGAGAUGAUGGAUGUGGCGAAAACGCCGGAGCCUGCUGAAUUGCCUCAGGCCAGGGACGUAAAAACGAAUGGAGGAACAGACUUUGUUUGUACCGGUUUGAACCCAGAAGAAGUGGAGGGUGGUGUGGAUGCCGCAGAAUCUGUGGGUUCUGAGAACAUCCCUCCCAGUGACACCAGUUGUGUAGAGGAUGCUGGGAAGAUGGAAGUGGAGCUGCAGGAAGAUGGAAGUCAUGGCGUGAACACCAACAACGGCAAAACCUCAGAACCUUCUCAGCAGGCUUUGCCAGCCCCUCUAAGCAGCGUGGACAACCCCAAAUAGUUCUCAGCCUCACACUAAACACAUUUACAUCACCAAAACAUUUAAACAGAUUUUCCUAUUGCACCUUGGACUGGUGCACAAAGUUGCCAAUCUAUACAUAUAUAUAUUAUACAUAUAUAUUAUCUAUAUCCAAAUAAAUGUUGUUUUUUUUAUUUUCUUUCUUUUACUUUUUUUUUUUUUUUUCAAUGGUAAAACUGUUUCAACAGUACUUCUACAUCCAAGGCACACUAGUCUUGGUUCUUGUAGACCAAUAGAGCCCAAACUUGUGAGUGAAAAGGGUGACUGGUGAAAGAGUGUCAUGCCAAUUAUAUUAGAUUAUUAAAAAAAGAAAAAUGGUGGUUUAAUAAUAAUUGUUCUAAUAAUAAUGAUGUUGAUAAAGAUGAUGGAUGAUUUAUCAGAUCAGACCAGUGUGUGCCUCCAACAUGGGGUUUGUUUUCCAUAGGUUGUCUUAGUAUUCUUCUCCUCAGGAGGAGAAAGGCAGGGCAGAUGGAGAAAGGCAGGGCAGAUGUGUCCAAAGACUGCAAGACUAUGCCCACACCCUGUGCACCUCUAGCCAGGCCUGAGUGCCCGGCCAUACCAAAAGCUUCUCUUUCCAAACAGGACAAAAUAUAAAUAAAUAACCAGUGCAUCAGUAUUCACCAGGGACAAGGCAGAGGUUUAGAAUCCUGUUGUUGGCAUGGGCUAGACUAAAUCAGGAAUGCCUAUAGCAACCCCAAUUUCUUUCCUACACUCUACAUCUUGUCCACAUUUCCCAGUUAGCUGUAGAAGUGUCCCCUCUCAAAGUCAUCUCAGGCUAAUCAGUGGUCGAGCGCAUGGCAAAGCCUUUCAAGAUCUUUGACUAAGGGCUGGAAGAGGAAGCUACACCAGAAGUCACAUCUUGGUAACUGCAACAAAUCAUGCGUGGUAGAUUAGUCUGAAAAGUGGUGUUGGUUCUGUGUGUUGAAUCUUGAGUCUUGUUCUAAAGUCAGUAUAUGUGUGUAUUCUAUGCUGUUUGUGGAUUUUAUUAAGUUUAUUUGUUUUUUUAGAAAAUAUAUUCAGGUCUUCCUAGUCUUCAUUGAAAAAUAAGUGCUUUUCUGUUUCAAGAAACAGUUGUUUGUUAUCAAUGGUGUUUAAAAAAGGCAUGAAUUAUGCAAGCAGCUUUCUCAAUUUCAGAGAUGCACAUUGCAUAAUGAGUGUUUUUAUUUGAAUUCCGAACUGCCAAAUGCUUUAGGUUUUUUUUUAUUGAAAUUAAUGGUAAUAUCCUCUUACUGUGUUAAGUCUACAAUAUAAUGGACUAGUCCCAUCCCCAUUUUUCCAAAAGGUUUUUUUUUUUUUUUUUUUUUUUUUUGAAGAACAAUAAUGACUAAGUCACAAUUUGCUGUCUUAAAACUUGAGGGUUGGAUGUAUGAGCCAAAUUGAAUAAUAAGGAAAUGACAGAAAACCCUUAAUUAAAGCACAAGCUUUAUUGUAGAUAACUAAAGCAAACGCACUAAGAACCUCUUAAGAGACUUUGAGCAAAAUUUUAAAAAAGCGCUUAAAUCUUAACUGUUGGUUUUUACGCUUGCCAACAUCCUGGAAAAUCGAAAACAACAGCCAGUUGCUUGCGUACAAAGUGGGAAGCACUGUUUAGGACCAUCUUCUGCUGGUUUUUGCUGGCUUUGUGUUGUGUUGCAUAUUAUCUUAUCCUGUCCCAGAUAACAUCUUAAGUCUUAAAAAUAAUGCAUGGAUGGCACCUUUUAUGUUUAUGUCAGGUCAUUCCAAAAAGCAUAUCCCUUUUAGCUUUGUGAAUAUAGCCACUCAGGCUAGGUUUGAACGCAUAUCAAAUUCCACAUAUCUGUUUAGGGCAUCUUUGUAAGUGCUUAUUUUGACUAUAUGUAUACAGUAGUGCGUAUUUAUUUGGGAUUUGAAAAGAACGAUGCAUUGCUCAUUUUGGCUGUUUAAACACGAGAGAACCUACCAUGAUAUGGAUUCUGUAUUUGGGAUGAUGUUUACUAUUUUGUUUGUUUUAAAUGAUCUAUUUAUCUUGAUUAGUCAGGAUUUCAUGGCUUUAAAAUUCAAUUUGUGAUUCUUAGUGCAUGGGGUCUUGGUUAUAUCAACAAUGUGCUGCAAUUUCUCACAAUCUACUGUGAAAAUUCACAUACUUAUCCUUAAUACAUUCCCAUAAUGACUGUUACCCUCUGAGCCAAGGCUGGGUAAUAACGGACAAACGUUAAUAUCAUGGCGUCCAUUAUUGUGGCAUAACAUUAAUAUUUAAGGCCUUCCAGAAGUCACCAUUGUCAGAGUAGAGAAUAUUUAAAGAAAACUACUUUUAUUCCUUCCUGUACAGGUGCCCAGAGUGCCUUCAACCUUUUGCAUACUGAAUUUAAUCUCAUAAACUGGUCACAUUUCCCUCUGUAAAACGUCACUGAGUUAACCUUGAUUGGAAGCACAUUUCUUGUAAUUUCAUUUGGUUAAAGUGAAACCGUUGUAGUGAUGUGCUUGUGUUAGUGUAGUCCUGUCUGUCUUUACUUAAUCUACUUAUCUGCUGUAAUUAAAGAGCCCCUCUUAGAGUAGGCUAUAUUUUAAGGAGUUAAGGAGUUGCCUUGAGCUUUUUAAUACUCUGAACAAAAGUAUAUCUAAGUGAUUGCACAAAAUUGGUCUAAAGAAAGGGGAAAAAAAGGAGUUGUUCCUUAUAAUGAGUGUUAAAUUAAUUCAUUGGUUUAUCAGAGCACUCUGUGCUACCAAAAUAUUAAGUGUGUGAAUCUUGUGACAAAAAUGUGUUUUUUGGAUUGACAUUCAUUGGAAAAAAAGGUCUGGAAGUUUAGGAAGUCAUGUUUUUUUUGUCUUUAUGCACUUUUUAUAAGAAUGUCCUAAGUAUUACUCCCGCCACCGCCAAAACACCCAAAAAAAAACUUAAGUGUCUGCUCGUUUUAAGUUAUUUUGUAGUGUGUGAUUCAGGAGAUUUUUUUUUUCUCUUCUCGUGUUUCACAAAACAGGACUGUUCAGGCCAGUGACUACUACUUAACAUAACAUACAUAACACUCUGCUCUUAAAACGACUUGCACCCUUUCUUAUUAGCGUCAUGCCCUUCAUCUCUCCUUCAGUCACUGAGUUAGAGUAAUGGACUUGUACCUGAAUCAGGUAUUUAAAUUUCAGCCUUGACUAUUAGCAAAGCUGAACGGAUCAAAAAAAAAACCUGCAAUCUGAUUGGAUGGACUCAAAACCCCAGAACACCAACCUGUCCAAUCAGUUCAACAAAAAGCAUGCCUUCUUAUGCAAAUUUUUUAUAAGUUUUGUCAAACUUUUUUUAAAUAUGCAUUUAGUUUUGAGUUUAUUUUGUAAAAUGAUUUUUAUGUGAACUUUGUGUCACUUUCCUUUUUACAUGUCUGGCGAAGAUGAUGCCAAAACACAACAGUAUACAUAUGUACAUCUCUUAAAUACACUUGCAAUUUUUUGUUGUUUAAAUUAUGACCUUUCACAAUGGCACCUGUAGAUAAUAGUUCAUUCAUGUACAGUUACAGAUAGGAAUUAUUUGCUGGCCACAAAUCUGGUCUCUUUGGAACGUGGAAAUGUGGCGUUUCGGCUGUGUAUGUAUCUCAUGGACCGUAACUUUCAUUCAAGUCUGCCUUUGCUAGCACACCAUGCUGAAUGUUAUUGUUAUCUUGGGGCACUGGGUGGGGGGUACCAAUGGUUGUGAGAAGAUAUUUAUGAUCUUAUAUGGCUUAUCUUGCAGACUGCAUGUAAUCCGUUGUGGGUGGGGCCUUGAAGUAAGGGGAGGGAACAUCUGAAAGCCACGCAUUCAAGUUCUUAAGUCAGUAUACCCAAAGAGACUGCAAACAUUUUGCUGUUAGGAAGCUUUUUUAUAUGCAUUCGAGAUACAUAUCAUGUCACGAUUGAUUUUUGCUCUAGCUUACGGCUCGGACAGGUGGGAAAUGCUUUCUAAUUUGCCUGUAUGGCUUUGCAAUUUUGGUUUUAGAACUUUUUAAAGGUGAAAAGUUGCCGUGUACAUUUUAUGCAUAACAUCAAAACAUUUUCACACCCAUUCCAGCUGUUCAUCCUGUCAUCUUGAUCUUAAUUGUGUGUAGAUUAUCUAUAUUCUUUAUGGUGCGUUAUAAUUCCACAGUGACAAUGAAGUCAUUGUAGUUUUAAUGUAGUUUCUGUUCACUUUACAUACUAUUUACUCAGUCAUGAUUGUGGCCUUCUCGUACUGUUGAUGCAUUUCAUUUCUGUAGUCGUGACUUUCCUGGUGUUGUGCACUGUGUGUGAGCGAGUGUGUUUGUUUGAGCAGGUGUGUGUGUGUGUGUGUGUGUGAGCGUUACCUCAUCUACAGUCAGCUGUCCAAUUGGAAAACAUUUUUGUUUACGCGUGCAAAAAAGAAAAUAAUAAAAAAAAAAAUCUUCCACUUGAUGAAACACAAAACAGGAUACAUUGUAGCGACAUGAGUUAUUUAAAAAAUUAAAAAGAAAUAAAAAGAAAGAAAAAGUU